CCGCCCCCAGAGGAUCGUCAGUCUUCAACGAUUGAUCAUUGGCUCGUUUCUCUCUGACAGGAGUUCCGUUUUGAGCGGUGCACAUUCUCCACAUUAAAAGUAAAGAACGCAGCGUCUGUUUUUAAGGAUAAUCUUUCUUUAAGCUCCGCCUCCUCAAGGUUUAUGUUCGCUGUCAGGAUUUCUCUCCAUAGAUUCAUGUCACGCUCCGCUGUCAUGGGCUCAAAGGUGCUCCGGGAGCCUGGAGAGAUCGCUCAGCUGUACCGGGAUCAGUGCCACUUCCCGUCUGUGUGUCGCGCUGACGUCGGUCCGGUGGUCACGUCACGAUACGGCGGACAAUACUGCAACAUAUACACAGAGUGGACUCAGCGGGAUUUGGAGAGGAACGAGAGCGUGAAGUUUUGUCGGCAGUACAUUGUGUUUCACGAUGAGCGAUCGGUUGUUUACUCUGGUGCUUCUGGAAACUGUACAGAAAUCAAGGGCGAGUUACUCAGUAUGGAUUCGCCGUCCGGUGAGAUGAAGGCCGUGUUGAGAGAGAGCGCCGUCAAAGGAGAAGACAAGCAGUUCCUGGAGAUCUGGCACAAGAACAGUAAACAGAAGUGUAUAAAUCUGAUGGCCCUUGGCAAACAUGGCAAAGUGUAUGAAGAUGAUCAGUUCGGCUGUCUGGUCUGGUCUCAUUCUGAGACUCAUCUGCUGUAUGUCGCUGAGAAGAAGCGAGCCAAGACUGAGUCUUACUUCCAGCAGGGACCUGAGACUGAUGAAGAGGAGAGCAUGACAACAGUCAAGAAGGACGAGACGCUUAAGGGGCAACAGUUUGAGUUUUAUGAGGACUGGGGUGAAGCGCUGGUCAAUAAGAGCAGUCCGGUGCUGUGUGUGCUGGACAUUGAGAGCAGCAACAUCACUGUGAUUGAAGGAAUGCCCAACUACAUCUCACCCGGACAGGCGUUCUGGGCACCCGAUGACACUGGACUGGUGUUUGUGGGCUGGUGGCAGGAGCCCUUCAGACUGGGACUGAAGUACUGUCCCAACAGAAAGUCGUCUCUGUUUUAUGUGGACUUGGCGAGUGGUAAUUGUGAACAGUUAUCGUGUGACUCCAGAGCCGUGUCCUCUCCUCGACUCAGUCCUGACCUCUGCCGCAUUGUGUAUCUGGACUGUGAGGUCUACGGGCCGCACCAGCAGUGCAGUCGUCUGUGUAUGUUUGACUGGUACACGAAGCAGACGAGUGUUGUUGUGGAUGUUGUGCGGCGAGCCAGAGAGGAUGGCUUCACGGGCAUCUACAGCUCAACGCUGUCUCCCUGCUGCUGGUCAUCUGACAGUCAGCGUCUGAUCAUCUCCUGCGCUCAGAGGAGUCGCAAGGAUCUGUUGGUUGUUGAUAUCUCAAGUGGAGAGGUCUCAUGCGUCACUUCCAGUUCGCAGGAAGGAAGCUGGAGUUUGCUGAGCAUUCGCAGAGAUCUGAUGGUGGUCAGCUGCUCUUCACCAAACUGUCCUCCAGACCUGCGAGUGGGAUUCCUGCCGGCCAAGGGCUCGGAGAGCACCACGUCAUGGGUCACGCUGGAGGAAUCUCAACCUCAGAUGGAUGUCAGCUGGCAGACCUUAAACUUCAGCCCGCCGCCAGAAGACCACAACAGCCAAUACCCUGCUUUGGACUUUGACGCUCUGCUUUUGAAACCAUCAGAAAUGACAUCAGGGAAGAAACUAGCACUCGUGGUUUUGCCACACGGUGGUCCUCAUUCAGUGCUGUUGUCAGAGUGGAUCUUGUCCACAGCAGUUCUGUGUAAGAUGGGCUUCGGCGUUCUGCUCGUGAAUUACAGAGGAUCACUUGGCUUCGGUCAGGAUAAUAUUGACUCUUUACCUGGAAACAUCGGCACACAAGAUGUGAAAGAUGUGCAGUUGGCAGUCGAGAGUGUUCUGAAGCAAGGUGAUUUCGACGAGCAGAAGAUCGCUGUGAUUGGAGGAUCUCAUGGUGGUUUUCUAGCGUGCCACCUGAUUGGACAGUAUCCUGAUUUCUACAAGGCUUGUGUGGUGAGAAACCCGGUGACAAAUCUGGCGUCCAUGAUCGGCAGCACAGACAUUCCCGACUGGUGUAUGGUGGAGGCGGGGUUUGACUAUAACACUGACGUUCAACUUAAUCCUGCUGUUCUGGAGCAGAUGUUAAACAAGUCACCCAUCAAACAUGUCAUCAAGGUAAAGACGCCAGUGCUUCUGAUGUUGGGCGAGGAUGACCGGCGUGUGCCCAAUAAACAGGGCAUUGAAUACUACAAGCGCCUGAAGGCUCUACAAGUACCAGUGAGAUUGUUGUGGUACCCGGGCAAUAAUCACUCUUUAUCCAAAGUGGAUGCUGAAUCAGACGGAUUUAUGAAUGCUGCUCUCUGGAUCCUCCAGCAUCUCUCUCUGUGAUGUCACUUCCUCUUGAUACAGACUCCAAUCAGAUCUGUGAGUCACAGCUACACAUACUGUGUGAACACAACUUUUCACUUGAAAUAAAACUAAACCUAAUAAUCUGCCUUGUUAUACAGACACUAAAGCACUAAAGCCUGUUGUUUUGUGAGGAAACGGAACAUGAGUCAGGUUCAUUCAGGAGUUCUUUUGGCUGUUAUUUGUUACAUUACUGACAUGAGUGUUUGAUGUGUGUGUCAGGAUCUUUAGCGGUUCACUCUUUGUUUUUCUGAAGAACUCUGCUCUUUGUCUGUGGAUGUACUAAAUGACCUGCAAUCUUUUCAAUAAAAUAUUUUUAAUGACUUCA